UGUCUGUCUCCCGCAGUCGCCGCCCGCCGCGAGGAUGGAGGCCGCGCCGUGGCACGCGGUGCCCGUGCUGUCCGAGCAGCAGUCCGGCGACGUGGAGCUGGUCGCCGCCUACGCCGCCCCGGUGCUGGACCCGCGCCAGACGUCCCGCCUGCUCCAGGAGGUGUCCGCCCUGCACCCGCUGCCCGCCCAGACGCACCUCAAGCGGGUGCGGUCCAGCCCCGCCGCCGGCGGCCACGCGCUGGACCUGCUGCUGUGCCUGGCCGGGCCGGCCGGGGAUCCGGCCGGGGCCACCGCGGUGCCCUCGCUGGCCCAGCUGCUGCCCGCGCCGGCCGUGGACCCCCGCGGCCUGGGCGCCCCCUUCCGGGUGGCCGUGCCCGCGCGGCCGCCGCUCACCCGGCGCCAGUUCGAGGCGGCGCGGGCGCACUGGCCCACGGCGUUCCACGAGGACCGGCAGGUGACGCGCGCGCUGGCCGGCCAGCUCUUCUCGGCGCCCGAGCGGGCAGCGCUGCAGGCGCACAUGGAACGCGCCGUGCGGGCGGCGCGGGGGGCGGCGGCGCGGGGCCUGCGGGCCGUGGGCGCCGUGGUGGUGGACCCGGCGGGCGGCCGCGUGCUGGCCACGGCCCACGACUGCCGCAGCCCCCGCCAGCCGCUGCUGCACGCCGCCCUGGUGUGCCUGGACCUGGUGGCGCGGGGCCAGGGCCGCGGCGCCCUCCAGCUGGACCUGGCCGGCCACCCGGGCUGCUCGUACGCGCCGCCGCCCAGGGCCUGCGCGGGCGCCGUGCGCAAGCUGGACGAGGCGGACGCCGACGCCGACGGCCAGGUGCCCUACGUGUGCACCGGCUACGACGUGUUCCUCACCCGCGAGCCCUGCGCCAUGUGCGCCAUGGCGCUGCUCCACUCCCGCGUGCGCCGCGUCUUCUACGGGGCCGCCUCGCCCGACGGCGCCCUGGGCACCCGCUUCCGCCUGCACGCGCGCCCCGACCUCAACCACCGCUUCCAGGUCUUCCGUGGGGUGCUGGAGGCCCAGUGCCGCGCCCUGGACCCCGACCCGUAGGCGCACC